AUGGACAUGGAGUGGCUACCAAAUGGUGCGGCGAAGACAAUAUUGGGGCUGCGAGGUCUGACAAGGGUGUUUGAUGGAAGAAAAGGAAGAAGGAUGUGGUUCAACACGUUAGUGGGGAUGCAUGGGAAGGAGCACAACUUAGCCAUGAUGGAAAACGGAACAGAGAUAUCAGAUAAUGUGGUAAAGAGAUGCAGAGAAAUCACUGAAGAAGAGAGCAUCCAAUUCAAGUGUGAGAAGGGUGAUGUUCUCUUCUUUGAUAAAAUGGCUUUGCUUCAUGGAAGAAGGCCUUCUCUUCCUCCCAGAAGAGUCUUGGUUACCACAUGCAAGUAG